AUGUGGGUGGAUCCAGAAACUCCACACGAGCGUUAUACAUGGAAGACGUCACGCGGUCAUACAUGGGAUCUGGUAAUGAGCGACGAGUUCAAUACUCCCGGGAGAUCUUUUCGACCUGGAGACGAUCACUUGUGGACAUCCAUCGAGAAACCGGACGGCGUGAACGAUGCCAUGGAAAUCUACGCGCACAACAAAACCACUACCGCAUGUGAUAAAGCCAGCAGUGUUUGUAGCUUCCAGAUCGAGUUGGAAGACGCCGUUAUCCAGCUCCAAGUCUGGACCAGCUACCUCCAAACACCAGGCUUCGAGAACGUUACGUUCUUCUACCGCGGAGGUAUGGUUCAGUCUUGGAACAAGUUCUGCAUUCAAGGUGGUAUGAUUGAAGUUCGAGCCCAACUGCCCGGCGCUCUAACCGAAACAUCCGGCAACCCCGACAUUCUUUUGGACUCGAGUGCUCGAGCUCGAUCUCUGCGCUACUAUCCGACGUGGCCUGGAAUCUGGAUGAUGGGGAAUCUCGGUCGCGCGAUCUUUAGCGGCUCGACUAACAGGAUGUGGCCGUUCUCCUAUGACGCCUGUGAUCCCGAUACCUUAACGCCGACAAACCAGCGAAUUAGUGCCUGUGAUGCAGAUCCUGGAUCCGGGAUGAAUCCUCACCAAGGGCGUGGGGCACCCGAGAUCGAUAUCGUCGAAGGCGGAGGCACCACAAUAUCGUCGUCAAUCCAAGUGGGACCAGGCAUGCCGCCGGAUUUUCGAGUUAUCCCACCAGCUGGCGAGAACAAGCUCUGCAUUUACUCGAGUUCGUGUGAAACUUUAGGUGCCAACAUCCCAGGGAUUCCAGAAAGCGUGUAUCUUGGAACACGUGGCCAUCAAUCCUGGUAUCAAAACAUGCGCUACGCUGCUAAUAAUUUCUGUCAACGAAACAUUAGCGAGGUACAAAGUUACACAAAAGUGGAAGCUGCUCUGACCGUUGGUAUUGAAGACAACAUGUGCUCCGUCACAACAUGUCCAGCUUCGCUAGAUAUCAACUCUGAUCUCGACUACAUGAAUGCUGAAGGUGACGAUCGCUGGGGAAUCAACUCGAACGGAACGUGCUUCUCUGCCAUGAACUCAUACAUGGGCGAGUUUAUCUGCAGUGCUGGAAAUCCUGAUCCGAGUUGCAAACCUCUUGAUGGCGUACCAGUCUUACUACAGGACGGGUCGAGCUUCGCCUUUCAAAUGGAUGCUCUCUCUGCGAACUGGCCCGUGCACAUGGCCGUGUAUACAGACUUUGUGGAGUACCAAGUAGAGUGGGUUCCUGGCUCAAAUGGCUACGUUCGCUGGAUGUUGUCCGGUGAUCCGCUGUACGAGAUCCCAGCCAAGACGAUCACGGAUCCUCCACAAGGAGCAAGUGUCCAGAACCCCAGUAAGAUCAUGAUCGAAGAGCCGAUGUAUAUCAUUUUCAACGUCGCCAUGUCCAGUAAAUGGGGAGCACAACCGCCGAAUCCGAAGAAUCCGUGCCGUGGUGAUGGAUUGGACCCCGUUGCGAAUGCUAUCUGCGAUUCGUUCCCGAUGCAUUUGAAGAUUGACUACAUUCGUGUGUAUCAAGACCUGUCGUCUGGUUCGAACAUGAGCAUUGGUUGUGAUCCGGCGACACAUCCUACGUGUCAAUGGAUUCUAGAUCACCUUGAUGAAUACGAGGAUGAGGAGAAUAAACUUGUGGAGCGCAUAGUCGACGUCGAAAUUCUACUCAAACGUUUUCAGAUCGGAUAUCUACCGUUGUAUUGA